AUGGGCGCGCGCCUCUGCGCCCGGCCAAUGGGCGCGCGACUAUCCCUCCGGGGCCGUCCGCCGGCGCUGCCUUCGCAGCCGGCACGCAAGAGCGCUGAAGAUAGUGACAGGCUUGACAGCUUGUACGCAAAUGCGCUUGAAGACAGCGACAGCUUGAUCCCAAGUACACUUGGAGACAGAGACAGCCAGCACGCAGGAGCGCUUGAAGACAGGGACAGCUUGUACCCAAGUACACUUGAAGACAGAGACAGCCAGCACGCAGGUGCGCUUGAAGACAGUGACAGCUUGUACCCAAGUAAACGUGAAGACAACGACAGCCACACGCAGACAGCGACAGCUUGUACCCAAGUAUCUACACAUGAAGACAACGACAGCCAGCACGCAGGAGCGCUUGAAGACAGUGACAGCUUGUACGCCAGUCAACGAGAGCCAGCAGAUGGGCUUGAAGACAGGGACAGCCACACGCAGGUGCGCUUGAAGACAGAGACAGCCAGCACGCAGGAGCGCUGGAAGACAAGGACAGCUUGUACCCAAGCACACUUGAAGACAGCGACAGCGAGGGCGGUCCUCGGAGGCCCUGCGCGCCAGCCGCGGCAGGCGGCGGACGAGGGCGACUGGCGGGCGACGCGGCGAUGGGCAGAUACGGCGACCCGGAUGCGGUCCCCGGGACAUCUGGGGCCCGCGCCGAGGGGACAAUCUCCGGCGCGCUUCGCGGCCCAUUGCGCUCCCAUCUGGCGGCGGCCGCCCCUCUCCUCGGCCUCCGCCCCCCAGCGCCGCUCUGACCAGUGCAGACAUGAAGAUCCGGCAGGAACACGGAUGUCUUUAAUCUCGGACAGCCUGGAGCCGCCGCACACUCCCUGCAACAAGCUGCCUGCAGCCGCCGCACACUCCCUGCAACAAGCUGCCUGCAGCCGCCGCACACUCCCACAACAAGCUGCCUGGAGCCGCCGCACACUCCCUGCAACAAACUGCCUGGAGCCGCCGCACACUCCCUGCAACAAGCUGCCCGGAGCCGCCGCACACUCCCUGCAACAAGCUGCCUGGAGCCGCCGCACACUCCCUGCAACAAGCUGCCCGGAGCCGCCGCACACUCCCUGCAACAAGCUGCCUGGAGCCGCCGCACACUCCCUGCAACAAGCUGCCUGGAGCCGCCGCACACUCCCUGCAACAAGCUGCCUGGAGCCGCCGCACACUCCCUGCAACAAGCUGCCUGGAGCCGCCGCACACUCCCUGCAACAAGCUGCCCGGAGCCGCCGCACACUCCCUGCAACAAGCUGCCCGGAGCCGCCGCACACUCCCUGCAACAAGCUGCCCGGAGCCGCCGCACACUCCCUGCAACAAGCUGCCUGGAGCCGCCGCACACUCCCUGCAACAAGCUGCCUGCAGCCGCCGCACACUCCCUGCAACAAGCUGCCUGCAGCCGCCGCACACUCCCUGCAACAAGCUGCCUGGAGCCGCCGCACACUCCCUGCAACAAGCUGCCCGGAGCCGCCGCACACUCCCUGCAACAAGCUGCCUGGAGCCGCCGCACACUCCCUGCAACAAGCUGCCUGCAGCCGCCGCACACUCCCUGCAACAAGCUGCCCGGAGCCGCCGCACACUCCCUGCAACAAGCUGCCUGCAGCCGCCGCACACUCCCUGCAACAAGCUGCCUGGAGCCGCCGCACACUCCCUGCAACAAGCUGCCUGGAGCCGCCGCACACUCCCUGCAACAAGCUGCCUGCAGCCGCCGCACACUCCCUGCAACAAGCUGCCCGGAGCCGCCGCACACUCCCUGCAACAAGCUGCCUGGAGCCGCCGCACACUCCCUGCAACAAGCUGCCUGCAGCCGCCGCACACUCCCUGCAACAAGCUGCCCGGAGCCGCCGCACACUCCCUGCAACAAGCUGCCUGGAGCCGCCGCACACUCCCUGCAACAAGCUGCCCGGAGCCGCCGCACACUCCCUGCAACAAGCUGCCCGGAGCCGCCGCACACUCCCUGCAACAAGCUGCCUGGAGCCGCCGCGCACUUCCUGCAACAAGCUGCCUGGUGCCGCCGCACACUCCCUGCAACAAGCUGUCUGGAGCCGCCGUACACUUCCUGCAACAAGCUGCCUGGAGCCGCCGCAAACUCCCUGCAACAAGCUGCCUGGAGCCGCCGCACACUCCCUGCAACAAGCUGUCUGGAGCCGCCACACACUCCCUGCAACAAGCUGCCCGGAGCCGCCGCACACUCCCUGCAACAAGUUGUCUGGAGUCAAGAAGGACCGGGCCUACCCCCAGGGCAGCGACCGAGCCUCCGCCCCCGGCGAACACACGACUGGAGCACCUGCUCGCGGUUAG